CCUCUCUGUCUGUCUUUCUCCCUCUCGCUUUCUGAGCACUGCCUACUUCCGAUCUCUCAUUUUCUCUCUGCAAAUAUUCGUUCGCGGUCUCCUAUAUCUGAUUUCGUCUGGAUUGUCUUUGUCCGUCAAGAUGAUCGGGAAAGGGAGAAAAAAGGUGGAGAACAAACUAAUAGAGAAUAGCUCAUCCCGAAUGGUUUGCUUCUCAAAGCGCCGCAAGGGACUGUUCAAAAAGGCGGAGGAGCUCUCAGUUUUAUCCGGUGCUAGAGUUGCCGUUCUCGCUUUCUCUCAGGCCGGAAAGAUGUACUGCUCCGAUGCUCAAACUCUCAACUCCCUCCUCGAUCCUCAGUUCAAUAUCUCCUCUGAGAAAGAGGCCGAAAACUACUGGGAGCUUGAUUAUCUUGAAGCCCUAACUGGAAAUGUUCGGGCUUUCUGGUAUAACAAACCUGACGUCCAGAAAAUGGACUAUGAGGAACUCCAGAAGUUCGAGAGAGCAAUUUUGGAGUAUGAACAAAUGCAGUUGGCCAAAAACUACGGCAAUUUGUUUGAGUAUGAACAGAUGCAGUAGCUCAUUCAUAGAAUGCAUUUUCAUGUAUAGAUAGUUUGCUGUAAUCAUUGUCUGAAAAUUGUAAUUGAGGCAUUUUCAUGUAUAGAUUGUAUCAUGCAUAAUGUGAGUUAAGUCGGUUUGUAUCAUGCAUCAUGGGAGUUGGAUUGG